CAACUCUGCAUAAAACAGCUGUGAGCAGCUGACUGACCUGACCGACGAAACCUAAAUUAAAUCCAAUCCAAUCUUUCUAUUUCCUACGAUGGACGCUGAACUUGAGGGAUCGGAAUUGGGAACCAAAGAUUAUUGGGAAUCGAGCUAUACGCGUGAAAUUGGAAACUAUAAAAGCCACGGAGACGUGGGUGAAAUAUGGUUUGACGAGGAUUCGCAGCAACGUGUUGUCGUCUGGCUUCUAAAGCAAGAGCAGAUCGACAAGCAAACUGCACGUGUGCUGGAUUUGGGUUGCGGCAAUGGGAUGUUUCUCGUUGCCCUGGCAAACGAAGGUUACGCCCAACUAACGGGUGUUGACUAUUCCCCAAAGGCAAUCGAGUUGGCCAGAAGCAUUGCCCAGGACCAUGAUCUGAACAUCAGCUAUAGUGUGGCGGACUUGACUCUACCACAGACGGACUUAGGAAAAUACAAUGUUGUGCAUGACAAAGGCACCUAUGAUGCCGUGAGCCUCUGUCCCGACAACUCCAAGGAGAAACGCUCACUAUAUCUUGCGACAGUGGAGAACUUGCUGCAUGACAGCGACAGUCUAUUUAUUAUUACAUCUUGCAAUUGGACAGAGGACGAGUUGGUUCUGAGCUUUGCUGAAAAAUUUAUUAAAUACCACACUAUUCCAACUCCGACAUUUAAAUUUGGUGGCAAGGUAGGCAGUGUAGUAACAUCUGCAGUAUUUAAGAAACGCUAAAACUGUAUGCUUCGCACAUUUACAC